AUGUUGCGAACCAGUGCAGUACGCCUUGCAGAGUCUGUCUCAAAGCAGCCUCUAAACUUGCGAGAAGCGAGUGCCAUGCUCCUACCCCCGCUGCCACUGUACCGUAGGUUACUUCGCGCUCACAGACACCUUCCUUACGAGAUGCGCUCCCUCGGGGACGACUAUGUGAAGGCUGAGUUCCGGAGACACAGGACGACCGACAACAAAGUACACAUCAUCGGUUUUCUGUCGCAGUGGAAGGUGUACCUUGACCAAUUACCCGCGGGUCCGGACGGAGCCAAGGCGUUCAAAGGCAAGCCGCUCGACCCCACUACUCUCGAGAAGAUGUCCGGCGAGCAACUGGGUCAAUUGUAUGAGGUUAUGCACGCUACUAAGGGUGUCUGGAAACCUGUUCCCCCGGAGCAAGACGGAACGAGCAACUCAUCGCGUGCCCCGGGUCCGAUCGGGCUGUCUUAG